GUAUGAUGGUCUUGUAGGAGCAUAAAUUUGGUCCAGAGAAGGCUGGCACUUUAAACACAUAUGCAGUGAUGAAAUCUGGAUUCAAAAAUGUGGAUAGCACUGGAAAAAGUGCUCCAAUCCCCAGCCAAAAAGCACAAAAGCGCUUGGUAUGUAUGCCAUGCUUAACAUUUUGAUAUGAACUUUUUCUAGUCAUGCUUAGCACACUGGUAUUUCAUUUUAGGAUGAGUACAAUGCAAGAGCAAUGCUUGCUGAGAAUUCAAAGGAUUUAGAUGCACACACUUUGUAUCACAUGGAAGGUGGUUUGCCCCAUGGUCGUGUACCAAUAGCUGAUGGUGCAGUGGAUAAGGAAGAGGUUAGAGUAGUUGCAAAAUCCAAUAAUCUACGUCCAGUCAAUACUGCUUCUUAUCGAAUUGUGGUGGAUGAAAAUGAUGAGCUGAAGGAGAUGAAUAAGGAGUUGAGGGAGAUUAAUCGGGAUCUAAAGCAAAACAAUGUUGAAUUGACGGAGAAAAAUGAGAUACUCACCGAGGAAAAUAGUGUCAACCGUGACAUGAUCAUGAGGUUUUAUGCAGAUUUUGGCAAGGAGAUACCUGCUGAUUUGGUAACCCGUCUAGCAAAUAUUGAUGCCCGUCAUCAACAGGUUACAGCAUCAUCACAUGCCAGGACUAAUACGGAAGAUAUGCAAAGCAACGGCAAUGAAAUGAAUAGCGAUGAAGAUGAGGACUACAUUAUGGAUCGUGAAGAUGGCCGUGAUGAUGAUGAUGACUUGGAUGACACAGAUGAAGAUGAUGGUGGCAGCGAAGAGGUUGAUGGCAGUUGA